GCACAAAAAUUGGACCAUCGAAACAGACGACUUCUACGCAAUAUUACUUUCAAGAGUGAUCUUGCUUAAAGUAGUUUGAAAUGGCGUGCCCCGCUUAAUGUUUUUGAAAAUCACGGUCGAUUAAUGUGAGAAAAGUACUUACACCGGGGCUUUUUCUGGAUGGUAGCGUCCCACUGGAAGGAUCCGCUCGCUGUGACAUUUCCACCACAAUGUCUCAGUCAGAGACGUGUUGCAUUUGUGGGGUGAGGUUUGUGAGGGGGCCCAAGGGUUACAACAGGAGGAAAGUCACCACGCUGACCAGCCCCAAGACCUUCCAGCUAGUCUUUGACAUCACUCCUGAUGACUCAUCCUUCCUCUGCUGGGUCUGUCUUGGUGUGCUCAGAAGGAAAACCAAGCAGGAUGGGAAGCUUUGGACUUGGUCAGAUUUGCCAACAAAAGUUGGCAGACAUCGAAAGCCCCGUGCAGAAAUACCAAGCUCAUCCACAACAUUAUCCAAUCAAACUCCAAUUAUAACCAACCCAUCCUCGUUAUCCAUAGACGAGUGCAUUGCUUCUAUAAAAAACAAACGGAGGCCAGUUCGUCAGUGGGACGGGGAGAAAUGGACCACCUUGACAUCUCAUUCCCCAGAAUCCCAUUCAACGGCCAUCAGACGACCUCAAACGCCCAUAGCCACAACCACACACUCCUCUUCAACACCUUCAAAUCAAGUAAAUUCCUCCACAUUAUCAAGUCAAACUUCAAAUCAGAUCAGUUCUCUGUUCUCCUUUGGAGAGAGGACAACAAAAAGACGUCCGAAGGCACCCCAACCUACAACACACUCCACACUCCUGUCUCCGUUCCCCGUUGACGAAGGUAUAAGACCCAAGAAGAAAAAGCUCCCUUUCUCCAAGACUAAGCAGAGCUAUGGGUUUGGCCCUCAUGCCAAGGCCCUGCAUUACAUGCACAGCCACCAGCACCUGAAGGCCUUCAGGUCCCUGAUGAAGACCAAAGCUAGAGAAGCCAUGACUAUUUUCCUCGCCGAGGUCAUCGCCCAGGAGAGUAAGGUAUUGAUGAAGGACCAACGUGGGCCGUUGCGUCAGCCGCUGACUGAGGCGAGUGUGAGUGGAUUUUCCUGGGACGCGGUUCUAGCGUGGGGGGAAGAAAAGGCCCCUAUGACCCUGGCCUGUCUUAGGGCCAUGUUCCCCAAACCCAACACCAUCAGGACACAGGUUAUGAUGGGAGCAAGGGAAAUUAAAUGCCCGAGGACAGAAGAGGCGGCAGGUGAUAUGGUCAGCCAGAGGGCGGGGCUUAUCCUGGCCAUCGUCCUCUACACCUCCAUGCAGAAGUGCAACUUCAUCCAGGCCUCUCUGGGGGUCGAGUUCUGGAAACAGGGCUGUCCUCUCAGCGUGUUGAAAGCCCUCAGUGCCCUGGGGGUGUGUCCCGGUGCUGCCUCUACCAGGAGACACGCAGAGAGGCUGACAACCGGCUUUGAUCCACCUCAGCAGGACCGGACAGUGGGGGUGGUGGAGGAACCUGGGGACUCCUUUUGUAGAUCUGAGGAUGAGAGUUGGACUCUGAGUUGUUCUGAAGAGUAUCCCAGUUCCUCUCCGACCCACUCUCUGAACCCGUUCUCAGACCAAUCCCACUCCAGAGACGGGUCCUCGUCCGAUCGGAGUUCCAGACCUGACUCCAGAUCUCGCUCCAGGAGCGACGACUACCAAGGCCCUACUCAGAGGCCUGACUCCCGGGAGUACCAGAAUCUGAUCAAAGAACAUGGUUACCACAAAGUCCAGAAACCUACAUUGAGUCGAUGGACGAAGAACAGUGAGGACAAAAGGGAGGCAAAGGAAAAACCUGUUCAAAACCCCAAGAGAAGGAAGAUGACAAAAAAGAAACCUGCUCAAUCGCCUCCAGUAGUAAACGCAACUGGCGCGCACCGUUCAGACACGGAGACUUCUCAAGUAAGUAAGGUAAACGUGGAAGUCAUUCAAACGUCUCAAGUAGACAACACACACGUGGAACUCGUUCAAACGUCUCAAGUAGACAACACACACGUGGAACUCGUUCAAACGUCUCAAGUAGACAACACACACGUGGAACUCGUUCAAACGUCUCAAGUAGACAACACACACGUGGAACUCGUUCAAACGUCUCAAGUAGACAACACACACGUGGAACUCGUUCAAACGUCUCAUGUAGACAACACACACGUGGAACCCGUUCAAUUGAGCGAUACAAACAAGAAACAUGCUCAUAUAAGUGAGACAAAUGUACAACCUGCUCAAAUGUCUGUAAUGAGCGAGACAAACAUUGAACAAAUUAAAAUGCCCAAAAGAGGCAGGCCAAGGAAGGAACUUGCUCAAAUGUCUGUAAUUUGCGAGACAAACAUGGAACAAAUUAUAAUGCCCAAAAGAGGCAGGCCAAGGAAGGAACUUGCUCAAGUAAGUAAAACAAACAUAGAACACACUCAAAGUCCACAAAUAACCGACACACACUUGGAACCUGUCCACAAGCUCAGAAGUCCAAGGAAGAAACCUGUCCAAACGCCCCAGGUAACUGACACACAAAACAAACCCAUUCAAGUAAGCAAUCCAGACAUUAAACUUGCUGAGACAAACAAAGAAUCAGUUGUACAGGCCAAGAAUGGGAGGCCAAAGAAGGGAUUCGUUCAGAUUCCAAUAUUAACCGACACUUGCAUGAAACCGAUUCCGGUAAGCGAGGUAAACGCGGACACCACUUUAAUGCCCAGUAGCAUGAGAUCAAGGAAGAGACCCAGACAAGUUCCCCAAGUAUCCAACCAAGAACUAACUCAAAUGCCCAGAAUAACCCAAACCAACGAGGAAACCGCCGAAAUGCUUCAGAAAAUGGACACACGCAUGGCACCUGCUGUAACAUCUAAAAGAGGGCGGACCAGGAAGGGACCAAUUGAAAUGUCUCAAGAAACCGACUUAGACACAGACGCCGGUCUAAUGCCUCAGGCUGGUGAAAUGAAUCAGCAACGUGUCGAAGGACGGGAAAUACAUAAAAAACCCGCUGAACCCCAAAAACUCACUGGAAAGGCUAACGUAAAUCAGAGAAAUAAAGUACCUGCAAAGACACCUGAAGAACUAGAUCAAAUGGAAUUAAUUUCAAAGCGCAAAAGAGGCAGGCCAAGGAAAGAACUUGCUCAAGUGAUCAACACAAGCAAGGAAACCCCUUCAAUGCAUAAGAUAAGCAAAACAGGCAAAGAACCUGCUCUUACCCGGGAGAUAAAAAUUAUUGUCAAUAGGAUGGAAAGCUGUAGUGCUGCUGAAAUGCCCCAAAUACGUGAGAUGAACAAUGAACCUGUUCAAGUAAGUGAGGAAAACUUUGAACCUGUUCAAAGACUGAGUGGGGGGUCAAUGGAGGGACUCGUUCAAAUGCCCCAAUUAAGCUGCACGGACAUGGAACCUGGUAAGUUAGGCAGGACCAUCAUGGAAACCACUUCAACGGCAGAGAGGACUGACAAAGAACCUGUUCGAAGGCCUCAAGCAAAUGAAACAAAAGCAGAACUUGCUCAAACGUCUCAGAUAAUGGAAACGAUAAAGGAACACAUUCAAGUAACCAACACAGACAAGGAAACCACUUCCAUGCCCAAAAGAAGCUGCACAGACAUAGAACUUGCUAAAAGGUACAAAAUGAGUGACUUUCAGACCCGGGUAAUAAGAAUAGUUGACACUAGGAUGAGGGCAAACGAAUCUGUUUCAAUGCUUCAAGUGCAUGACCCAAACCAGGACCCUGAACCUGCUGCAACACCUGAAAUAGGCGACACAAACAAACAAUCCACGCGAGUGAUCAGAAUAGUUGUUAACAGGAGGAUACCGGCAGACAUAUGUAGUCACACUCGGAAAAGCCUGGAGUGCCUGGCUGAGGUAGCGGCCAAAUGUGCUCCAUUAGAUGUUAAAUCUGCCGAAGAGGAUGGAUAGGUAGGUGGACGCAUGUUACUUAUCAAAAUAACAAACUUCACAACCUGACGUCUCAGGAAUAUUUUUAUUUUUUUGUGGAAGGGUAUAACCCUAACCUAAGGGGUGGGGAAUAGUCUGCCUCUUGUCUUCUUCUGUAUUCGUUUUACUGUAAUUGUACAUACCAGGCCUUUGUCUUAGCAAUUGUCUUCUCCACCUUGUUCAUUUGAUAUGUACAUAAUCCCAGCAACCUUCUUGUGUUUUUCUGUCAUUGUGUCCACUGUGGAUUUAGUGUAUUUGUUAGUCUUAUUCCAUUUUGUAUUUAGUUGUUCUGGUUGUACUUCUGUGGUUGUUGACAAUGUAAUAUGUACAAUGUAAUAAUGUAUGUGUUUUGUACAAAGGUUAUUCCUGCAGUCAUAGUAUCAUGCUAAUUUCAGGGUAUUUGUUUUCAUUACACUUACAAAUGUAAUUUCACUAAAAGCAAAGACUGUGAACCAAAACAGAUCCACUAAUCUUUAAACUAGAAAAUAAAUCGUUAGAAAACAACCACAGCAUUUAUUUUGACUCAAGGCUUUUCCUUUCAUACAGUUUUUGAUGUAUACAUUCUUGCAAUAAUAUUGCGUGGUAAUACUUGUGAUAAUUUUGUGUAUAUUGCUGUUGUCUUAUGUAAAAACGAAGCUCACAGAAUAAACAGUACAAUUGUAUAAAUGGAUACCAAUGCUUCAUAAUAAAACAUAUUUGAAACUAGAAAAACAACCA